AUGGCCAUAGACACAACUACUCCCGAUGCGGGAGAACAGGGGACGGACCACGCUAUGGCGAAAAGGGUACUGAGGAAGAUUGACAGAAGACUGAUCCCACUGCUUUUCACAACUUACAUGUUUAAUUUUAUGGAUAAAACCAUAUUGUCGAGCGCGUCUGUCUUCGGAAUGAGGCACGAUACUGGUCUGGUUGGCCAGCAGUAUAGCUGGGUCUCAUCGAUCUUCUACUUUGGCUACCUGGGAUGGGUAUAUCCAACAACUUUGCUUAUUGCUCGUCUGCCCGCCGCCAAAUACUUGACGGCCAACACACUAUUCUGGGGUGCUGUAGUGGCUCUCACUGCAGCCUGCACCAACUUUGGCGGUCUCAUAACAGUCCGCUUCUUGCUUGGAGUUGCUGAAGCGACGAUCACGCCGGCAUUUAUGUUUAUCACGUCGACGUGGUACACGCGUGACGAGAUUCCUACCAGAACAGGCCUGUGGUUUGCUGGAAAUAGUGUUGGUGGUAUUAUUUCCAGUCUCCUCGCCUACGGCCUGGGUCACGUCAAAGAUCACGUUGGGCCGUGGAGGUGGAUGUUCAUUGUCCUGGGCUGCGCGACAUUCCUCUGGGGAUUCGCUAUCUGGACUCUACUGCCAGACUCAAUCUCCAAGGCCAAGUUCCUCUCAGAAGAGGAACGUCAGUUCGCAAGCAACAGAGUUGUCGUUGCAGGCACAGGCGCAACAGAGGAGACCGCUUGGAGAUGGGACCAGGUCGUUGAAUGCCUGAUGGAUCCCAAGACGUGGCUUAUAUUCGGGCUGGAGCUUUGCACGCAGAUCCCCAACGGAGGGACGCAGAAUUUCGCCAAUUUAGUGAUUGUCUCAUUUGGGUUCACGAACCUGCAAUCGACGCUACUCACCAUCCCUUACUCGCUCAUCACCGUAGCCACAAUCACCGGAACGGGCUGGCUGGCCGGUCGUUUCCGCCAACUGAACUGCUUGCUUAUAGUGGCCGUUGUGCUCCCUUGCGUCAUCGGCAGUGCAAUUAUCUACUCCCGCGCGCAUAUCGUCUUGGGGGUGCAAUUUUUUGGAUAUUUCCUCUUGUCGACUGGACCCGCGGCAAUGCCACUUGCUAUGUCGCUGGUGCAGGCCAAUUACCGUGGUGUUACUAAGAAAAUGACUGUCACUGCAAUGCUCUUCCUGGCUUAUUGCGCUGGGAACAUUUCUGGGCCUCAGUUCUUCCUCAGUGAGGAGGCGCCGACUUAUAACACUGCUUUCCGCACGAUCAUGAUUUGCUAUGCCCUGGCUGUCGUUUUGGCGUUGGUUCUGCGCUUCUACCUGCAGUGGACUAAUGCUCGCCGUACGCGUCUAGAGGGCUUUGAGGGUAGUGCUGGAAACGCGGGUGCUGUUGGUGGGAAGGGAGUGGAUGCUGAUCGCGAUUCGACGAAUGUGGCGGAUAUGGUGAACCGAGUGCAAUUGGUAUCGGAUGACUAUGAGGAUGUCACGGACUGGAAGACACCGGGCUUCAGAUACCGUUACUAA